AUGUGGGCAAAACCUGCGGACAAGCCGCGGUCAUCGAUAGGGAAGAGAAAGCUGCUGCGCUUUGUCGUCAUCAGCUGUAUCGUCACUAGCUUCACCAUUUUCCUUUGGCCCCGUCUAGAAUCCGAGCGCGUGACCACGGAAACUGUUUCCAACAUUACCAUCACCUCUGAUGUUGGCUGCCAGCCGGACUUUGAGGCUCUCCGCCGCUUGAAUGUCCAGAAACUGACCCAGUACGUGCGACGCGAAGUAGUGGCCUCUGAAACUCCCAGCAACGUCUUGCCGCUGUCACAACGUCUCCAAGUUCCUUUAUUUCCGCAAAAGCCCCAUGGCGACCAACUUCAUCUACCGGAGGAGCUCUUGCAUGAGGACUGCUUAAUACCAAACCCGGUGUCCCUCCAAGUCCCGACACCCCCCAGACAUGCGGAUGCGUCCCACAUCGACUUCGGUGUCGCUACGACGAUAGAACGGUUGAACGAUUCCCUGGACGCGUUUUCUCAUUGGGCGGGUUAUACAAAUGCUCACAUCUUUGCCUUGGUUGAGCCCGAUGAGAGGGCACACGAAGUUCUGCUAAAGGCUGAUGCGCUUGGAAUAAAUCUCUCAAUAUCGGAGUCGAGUGAAGAGUACCAGCGCCGAUACUUUUCGCUGGUCCCUCACCUGGCCAAGAAUGCGCGUCCAGAAACGAAAUGGUCGUGCGUCAUGGACGACGAUACAUUCUUCCUCUCGAUGCCAGAGUUGGUCAAAGGGCUCAAGGAGUAUGAUGAAACGAAACCCAUGUACGUGGGAGGACUGUCUGAAAGUAUUCCCCAGGUUGGAGUGUUUGGAUUGAUGGGAUUUGGAGGCGCAGGCGUCUUCUUGUCCCGGCCUUUGAUCCAAGAAUUGAGCCGGCCGGAAGUAUUCGAGGACUGCCAGAGAAUGGAUGUGACGGGCGACCGCAGAAUUUCUCUUUGCAUCUACCAGUACACCAGUGUUCGUUUGACCAUCGACCACCGCCUGCACCAGCUCGACAUGAUGGGCGAUGUGUCCGGGUUUUUCGAGGCGGAACGGCAACCGCCGCUGUCAGUGCAUCACUGGAAGUCUUGGUUCCACGCGGACAUGGCCAAAGCCAGUGCGGUCACCGAAAUCUGCGGUGAUUCAUGUCUCCUGCGGAAAUGGCACUUUGGAGAUGGCUGGAUCCUCACCAACGGCUUCUCGGUGGUGAAGUAUAGCAGCGAGAAGAAGCCAGGCGACAGAAGCAUGGAGCUCACGUGGGACAGCCACAACGGUGCUGUAUUCGAGUCGUACUUGCAUGAGCUCGGUCCUCUCCGCUUAAAGGACGAGGGAAAGAUUAGCUACCUGCACGAAGACGCCAUCAUUGACGGAAACCGUGUCCGUCAAUGGUACGUCCACCGUGACCCGGAGCAAGGUGAUCAAGUUCUAGAGUUGAUCUGGCGAGCAGCCUAA